AUGAAUAACGGCGGUGGAGGUCUUCCCGGCGCGCCUGAGCCAUGGGUGGAGCGCGAGUUGGAGAAGCGCAUGGGACAGCUGCUACCGCUGGUGGAGGAGUCUUUCUCCGUUGCUUCCUCCCUGGCUAAGCAAUUCGUGCAGGACCCAGCAGUGGAUGCUCUAGUGGAGGAUGACGAUACAGCCUACGCUGUUGAAGAGCUUGUAGCGGAUCUCGCUUCUAAAGGCAUCCCAGGGGCAGCGGAUCUGGACGAUGCGCUGCAGCAGUUUGGGUCGGAGCAGAUCGCGGAGUCUGUGGUGGCUUACUUCGAUGUGCUCAUGGCGGCCGUGGAUGGGCACCUGGAGAACGAGGGCGCGCCCAGUGACGGCGAGGCCAGUGAGGGAGCGAGUGAGGGAGCGAGUGAGGGAGCGAGUGAGGGAGCGAGUGAGGGUGCGAGUGAGGGAGCGAGUGAGGGUGCGAGUGAGAGGGGAAGUGGGAGCGAUGGGAGUUUCAGGAGGGGGAGGAGGGGCGUGGGGAGGGGUGGUAGAGGAAGCGAGAGUGGGAGUGGGAGUGGGAGUGAGGAAGGGAGUGUGAUAGAUGGUCGCGAGGAGGAGGAGGAUUAUGAGGGGAGAGGGGGGAUGAGGGGGGGAGGAAGGGGUGGGAUGGAUGGGCAUAGGCAUGAGAGAGGGGAGAGUAGAGGGAGUGAGUCGUGGGACGAGGAAGGGGAGGAAGGGGAUAGCUAUGGGGAGAGUGAAGAAGAGGACGAGAGGGGAGGAGCAGGAGGAGGAGGGGGAAGAGGAGCGAAGGGAGGAGGAGGGGGCAGGAUGGGAAUGGAGGUAGAUGGUAUGGAUGAUAUGGAUGAGGAGGGGAGGCUUGAUGAAGGGGAGGGUGAUAUGGACGCAGAGGAGGAGGGGUACAGGCGAGAGGAAGGGGGAGUGGGGAGGAUGUGGGGGGAGGAGGAUCGAGGGCUAGAGGUAGUAGAGGAGGAGGAUGAGGAGGAAUUAGAGGAGGAAGAGAGAGAAGGGGAGGGUAGGGGUACGGGGAGGUUGCUGGGCGCUGGGAGAGUGAGUUUUCGAGAGGGAGGGGGGAAGGUGGUGUAUGGGGGGGAGGAGGAGGGUGGGAGUGAGGUGGAGAGUGGGAGUGAGAUGGGGAGUGGGAGUGAGAGGGGUGAUGAUAGCCGGGGGGAUAUGAGAGGGCGGGAUGGGAGAGGCGGAAGGGUGGGGGAGGGUUCGGAAGGGGAGGGGGAAGAGGAUGCCCGAGGCUCCUUCCGAGGCUCACUUGCUGACUCGGGGUCUUUCCGAGGCUCUGUCGGAGGUUCGGCACGAAGCGGGGUUGGCGCGUACCAGGGUGCAGGCAUGGGAUUUCCGGAGCAGGAGGAGGGGGUUUUCGAUGAUGAUGAUGAUGAUGAUGAUGACGAUGACGAGGAUAUUCCUCUUGCCGAAGCUGGAGGUUCGGGAGAUUAUGGUUCAGGUUCGGACAGCGAUGUGGUGCCGAUUGCACAGCCAGGACGAUUACUGGACCUGGAUGGGGAAGGCUUGGGCGAUUUUCAAGGCGAAGAAGAUAUGUUCGGGGAGGGGGAUUCCCAAGGGGCGGCUUCUCAAGAGUCUGGCUCCCAAGAGGGAGAUUCCCAAGAGGGAGAUUUUCAAGAGGGGGCCUCUCAGGGGGAAAGUGAUUCUCAGGACGAAGCUGGGUUGCCAGAAGAGGCUGGUUCUGUCACUCCUGACAGUCUAUCAGGGUCCGGUGAAGAGACAGAGGAUGACGACGAUGAUGAUGAUGAUGAUGACGAUGAUGAUGAUAUUCCGAUAGCCAUGGUGAACCUGUCAAGCCAAAGCAACAACAGUAGCUUCGGCAGUCUGGGGGGCAGUGGCGGUGCUGGUGGUGGUGCGGGUGGCAGCGGCAAGCACGAUUUGCCGCACAUUCCAGCGGCAAUCAAGGCUUUAAGAUCGCAGCAUUUCGACGUUCCCCACAAACCGCUUACAGGGUCAGGGGGCCUGGGCAGUCCGAGAGUUGCUGCCCUCAGCCGCCCGGGCGCAGCCGGUUUCGUUCGUCCGAUGCCACCCACCGCCGGCCGCGUCAACUCUUUCUCCGUCUUUUCCGAGCCGCCCCAGAAGCUGCCGACCAACCGGGUGAACUCCUUCUCUGGACACCGUUUGCAGGGGGACGGCGUGCCUCUAACCCCGACUCCCCCGCCUCAUCCACACCCGCCCAUGUCAGAACGAGACCGGCUACUAGCCGCACGAGUGAACUCUUUUCAGAUGCGAGCUGUUAGCAGCAGCCCUCGGGCAGCAGCAACAGCGAAUAGAGUGAAUUCCUUCUCGCAUCCGGCUAGUGGGCUGGCAUCCCCCCUUGCUAUGGCGGCCGGGCGGGUAAAUUCGUUUAAUGUGGACAACCGGCCAGGGACUGGGGGCGGUGCAGGUGGGAUUCCGUCCUCUCCUCUGGCCAAUCGGGUGAAUUCGUUUAAUGUGGACGGGAGGGGUGGGAGUGGAAGUGGGUUUGCAGGGUCGCCGCUUGCCAAUCGGGUGAAUUCGUUUCAAGGGGUGGGGGUGGGUGUUAGGGGAGGGGGGGCGAUGGGGAUGGGUGAGACAGGGGUGGGGCAUGGGCGAGGUUCGGUUGGAUUCGGUGGUGGUAGGUUUGGGAUGGGCGUGGGAAGGGGGAGGGGGGCGGCUGGUAGUGGUGGUAGUGGCGGUUUUAAGGUGCCUUCUCGUGAUUCCUUUGACGGGGAAGUGGAAAAUGAGGAUGAGGAGGAUGAGGAGGAGAAAAAAGGGAGAGGAACGGGGGAGGGUCAUAGGGAUGGGGAUAAGGGGAGUGGCGGAAUUAGCAGGAGCGGCACCUCUGGGUUUGAGGAGAAGGAGAAGGAUGAGGGACUUGAGGGGAGAGAGGUGGGAGGAGGAGAGGGGGGAGAAGAGAUGGGAAGCAGGGAUGUAGUGGCAGCUGCAGCUGUGGUUGACGAUUCGAGUGAUAGUGAUGAGGAGGAGAGAAGGGAGAGGAUGGAAGAAGAGGAGCAUGGGGAUGAGAGGAGUGUGAGUGGAGGAGAGAGUGAGGGGUCGGGAGUGGGCGGCAAGAGGAAGCUGGGAGAAAGAUUUGGGCGGCUGCCCGGAUCGCCUGGGCAGUUUGGGGCAGGUGAUCUGGAUGAGGAGGUUGGUGCGUCCCCGUCUCGCCGGACCAAGCUGCAGGAUGGUUCGGGAGCCGAUCAGUGGCAGCUUCGGAAGCAUGGCCAGGUUGGGGAUGCAGGUCUGGUUACAGGCUCGGCAGCAGGCUUGGUGGAAGCAGCACCUUUGCAGAGCUUCGGAAGCGUUGACAUGACAAUGGGGGAGGCUGGAAGAGACGAGGAGAGAGUGAAGGAGGAAAGGGAGGGGGAGGAAGAGAGUGUUGGAGAGAAGGGUGAGGACUCUGGUUCGGAAGGGUCAGGUCCGGUGGAGGGUGAGAAGGGUGAACAGGGAGAAGAGGGUGGGGAGGGAGAAGAGAAAGGAUUGGAAGUUACUGGUAUUGACCAGGAGAAAGUUGGGGGAGAGGAUGAGAGGGAGGACGGGAGUGCGAGAGGGAGUGAGGAGGGGAGUGAGCGAGGAAGGGAAGCUGCUGAUGCUGGAGGUUUCGAGGAGGAAGGGGAUGGGGAGCAGCGUAGGGGGUUGAGUGCGGUUGAGAGGGAAGAUGGGGAGGGAGGCGAGGAGAGGAAUCGGAGCGAGGAGAGCAAGAGGAUGGGGUUGAUAGGGGGCCUGAGUGGCCGAUUAGGCUCAGGUUUGAUGGGGAGGAGGGGGUCAGGCUUGGUGGUGGAUGUGGGUAGGCCGAAUGAUGAAACAGAGGAGGAGGAUGAGGAGGGAGAUGGUGAGCAUAGCGAGCAUAGUGACGAUCAUAGGAGCGAGAGAGGGGAAGGGUCAGAAGGGGAAGGGUCUGUCAUUGAGUUGCAUCAGAGGGAGGGGGAUUUGACUCCUGAGCUAUCGCCCCAGGGAAGCUGGAAAGACGAGGGGGAGAGGGAGGGGGUUUUGACACCUGAGUUGUCGCCACAGGGGAGUUGGAGGGGGGAGUUUUCAGGGAGCGGGAGGAGGGAAGGGUGGGACGGGUUGGAGGGGGAGAGGGAGGGCAGGUACGAGGAUGAGAGGGGGAGUGAGGAGGGAAGUGAGAGGGGGAGUGAGGGGUCUAGAGGUGGAGAAGAAGAGGAGGAGAGGGAGAGGCAGUGGGAGAGUCUGAGGGAUGGGGAAGAGGAGGAGGGGAGUGUGAGAGAUGAGGAUGAGGAGAUGGAGAGAGGGGAGAGUGAGGGGGAGCGUGAGGGAGAGAGUGAGGAGGAGGAGAGGGAGAGACAAUGGGCCAAGAUGCAUGCUGGGAGUGAGGAGGGGAGUGAGGAUGGGAGGGAGGAGGGGAGUGCGAGGGGGAGUGAGGAGGGAAGUGAGAGAGGGAGUGAGGGUGAGAUGGAGGAGGGAAUGGAAUUGGAGGGAAGUAUGGGUGAGGGGAUGAAGGGAUUAGGACAAUUGGAAGAGGGAAGUGAGAAGGAGGGGGAGGAAGUAGGAGAGGAGGAGAGAGAGAGUGGGAGUGAUGAUGAUGAUGACGAUGAUGAUGUGGUGGUUGCAGUGGCAGCAGCAGUGCCAUCACCACCAGAAGAAGGGGAUUUAGAUAGAGACGAAUACCAAGGCUCGGAGAGAGGCUUGGAGGGCGGCUCGGAAACUGGCUCGGAAGCAGUGGGAGCUUCGACAGGAGAGGGUGGAGAGGGAGUGUAUCCGAAGCAAGGCGAUGCUUCAGUUGCUCUUAUCGAGUCUGCUUUUGACGAGAAGGGGGAGCAGGAGAAGGAGGAGAAGGAGGAGAGGGAGGGACAUGAGGAGGAGAAGGAGGAGGAGGAGCAGGAGGGGGAAGACAGGCAGCUGCAGGAGAGGGAGUGGAGGGAGGGGCGUGAAGAGGAUGAGGAGGUUGGUGGGGAGGAGUCCAGUAGUGAACGGGGUGGGGAGGAAGAGGAGGAAGAGGUGGAAGAGGAGGAGGAGAAGCAGAGGAGGGGAGCAGAGGCAGUGAGCGGUGGUCUUAUGGUGGGGUUGAGGGAAGGAGAGGAGAGUGAGGGGGAAGUGAGUGAGGGAGAAGAGGGUGCAGGGGAGGAGAGAGAAGGGGAAGAGGAUAAGGGAGAGUGGAGUGAGAGGGAGGGGAGUGAGAGGGAGGGGAGUGAGAGGGAGGGGAGUGAGAGGGAGGGGAGUGAGAGGGAGGGGAGUGAGAGGGAGGGGAGUGAGAGGGAGGAGAGUGAGGAGGAGGAUAGUGACGGGGAGGUGGGGAAGGAGAGGCGACACCGAUACCAUCAGAACCAGAUGGUAGAGGAUGAGGAGGAGGAGGGGGAGGAGGCGGAUGAGGGUUACAGAGAAAGGGAUUAUAAGGAGGAGCUUUAUAAGGAGUACGGGGAGGAUAGAGAUGAGUAUGAGAAUAAUGAAGAGGAGGAAGAGGAGGGCAAGUUGGCAGAGAGCAAGUUGGCGGAGGCCAAGUUGGAGGAGGACAAGUUGGAGGAGGACGAUAAGCGGAGUGACGUAUCGGGGGAGAGUGGGGAAGGGCUGUUCGAGAAUGGGGCGGGGGGUGAAGAGGAGAGUGAGGAGGAGGGUGAGGAGGAGGAUAGGAAGGAGGAGAGUGAGGGUGAUGAGAUGGAUGUUGGUGAAGGGAUUGAAAGACAAAGUGCUGGAAGGAUGGAGAGGGAGGAGGAGAUGGACGAGAGGGAGGAGGGGGAUUACAGGGAUUAUAGGGAUGAGAGAGAUUUUAUGGUGGAGGGUGAAAAGAGGGAAGAUCUUGAGAGUGAGGAGAGUGAGGGAGAAGGGGAAGCGGGGGAUGCGUGGAGAGUAAGAGGAGUGGCCGAGAGAGUGGAUGAGAGGGAUGGGUCCGAGGAAGAGGAAGAAGGGGACAGGGCGACAGGCAGUGAUGGUGAGGAGGACGAGGAGGUUGCGACUGGACAGGCUGUUCUGGGGGAGGCCGCGAGGGAGGAGGAGGAGAGGGAGGAGGAGAGAAAGGAGAGAGAGGAGGAGAGAGAGGAGGAGAUGGAGAGGGGCGAGGAAGGGGAAAAGGAAAGGGAAGGGAAAGGAAUUGACGGAGAGGAGGAAGGGGAGGAAUGGAUUAGAGACGGAAGGUCGGAUGAAGGAAUGGAGGCGAUGGUGGAGGAGAGUGAGAUGGAGAGUGAAAGAGGAGAGAGUGAGAGGGGGGGAAGUGAACGAGGAGAGAGUGAGAGGGGGGAGAGUGAGAGAGGCGAGGACGAUCUGGGAGAGAGUGAUAAAGAGGAGAGGGAAGACGAGGAAGGGAGGGUGGAGGAGCGUGUGAAUCAGUCGGAGAGAGAGAAAGGGGAAGAGGGUGAGGAGGAGGAUGCGUACAGAGAGAAAGAGAGGUAUGGAGAGAGGGAGGAGGUUGAAAGCGAGGGAGAAGAGGUUGAGGAGGAAGAGGAGGAGAGAGCAGAGGAGGAGGAAGAUGAGGAGGAGGACGGUCGAUCAGAUUCUCUUUUGUCUCCGGCCGUCACUCCCCAACCUGGCGCAGGCUCGGCCGAGCCUUCUCCUCACGCUCGGUCUGACGUUGGCUCUGGUGGAAGGUCGGAAGAGGAGGGAGAGGUUUGGGAGGGGGAGGAAGAUGGGAGAAGAGGGAGGAGGGAGUAUGGUGGGGGAGAGAGUGGUGGGGAGGAGGAGGAAGAGGAGGAGGCGGAGGAGGAGGAGGAGGAGGAGGAGGAGGAGGAGGAGGAGGAGGGAGAGGAGGAGGAGGAGGAGGAGGAGGAGGAGGAGGAGGAGGAGGAGGAGGAGGAGGACGAGGAUGAGGUUCGGGGUUCAGGCAGGCGUUACGACUCUGAUCAGCGUUACGACUCGGACCAGCGUUACGUCUCUGACAGGCGUAACGAAACGGGCAGACGUAACGGCGACUCCGACGGGCGUUACGACUCGGAGGAGGAUCGUUACGACUCGGAAGAAUGCUACAGGUCGGACCGACGGUACAAGUCCGAGAAACAGUACGAGUCAGAACAGCAAUAUGACUCGGAGCAGCCAUAUGAAUCAGAGAGACAAUAUGAAUCAGAAACACAAGACAAGGCGGAUAAGCGUGGGGAGAGAAGACGAGGAGAAGAUAGGGGAAGGCGCAGGAGCGAGGACGGUGGUUCUGGUGGGGAGGAUGAUAGGUAUGAGAGUGAGAGUGAUAGGCGUGAUAGGAGGGAAGAGAAGGAUGAGGAGCAGGAUGGGUAUAGGCGAAGGGAAUAUGACAGCGAUGCGUUUGGCAGGAGUGAAAGGGAUGAGGAGGAGGAAGAAGAGGAAGAAGAUGAGAAGGGUGAGAGAAGGAGGUAUAGAGAGGAGACAGGCAGUGAGGGGAGUGAGAGAAGGUACAGCGAGAAGGGUGAGGAGGACGAGGAAGGGGAGGAGGGAGAAGAGGGAGUGAAGGGAGAGGAGGGUGAGGAGGGGGACGAGCCUUUGACGUCGGAUGCAGGUGCAGGGGGGUUGGGAGGGGUUGGGGUCGGUAGAGGGGGGUUGGGUGCGGCUAUGAGGGCUGGUGUGCCAGUGGUUCCUGUGGUGGACGAACAGGGAGGGCCAGGGAGGACGUUGAGUGGGAUGGGUGGUGGAGGGGAGAAUUAUAACCUUGGCUCUGGUUUCCCAGAGCGGGAGGAGUUAGAGUCUCCUGCUGUGGUGAUUGCGCCUGGCCCUGGAAUGUUUGAUAUGGGCGCGGAUGUGGCAGGUGAAGAGGUGGGGAGGAGUGUGGGGAAGAUGGGAGUUAAGGAGAGGAGGAGAGGGGCGGUGGGGAGGAAGGGGAAACCCGUGAGAACGAUGAGUGAUGGACGGGGGAUGGAGAGGGUGAGGGUGGCAGGGGAAGAGGAGGAGGAAGAGGAGGGGGAGGCAGGGGGAGAGGAGAGGGGAGAGGGGGCGGGGGGGGGGAGAGGGAAAGGGGGAGCCAGGAGGAAGGGCACAUGGGAUGGGGCUAGUCCGUUGGGAUCUGGACCUGUGUUCCGAGGGGAGACGGAGGAGGAGGAGGAGGAGGAGGAGGAGGUUCGGGAGGAGGGAGAAAGGGAGGAAGAGAGGAAAAGGGAAGAGGAGAGAGAAAGGGAGGAGAGACAAAGGGACGAGGGGAGACAAUGGGAAGAGGCGGAAGACAAUGAAGCAGAAAGCGUGGAGGCAGAUGAGGAGAUGGAAGACGAGAAGAAGGCUGAGGAACGAGAGGAGGGAGAGAAGGGAGAGGAGGAAGAGGAGGGAGAGGAGGAAGAGGAGGAAGAGAAGAAGGCAGACGAGGAGGAAGAGAAAGGCGAGGAGGAAAGAGAAGAGGAAGGGGAGGAGGAAGGGGAGGAGGAAGGGGAGGAGGAAUGGUCAUCAGACGAAGCAGGAGAAGACAGGGACUCUGUUGCCGAAUCAAUGCAGCUCGGGGGAGCAGAAGGGGGAGGAGCACGUAUGGAUUCGAUGGAAAGAAGAUCUUCCAGCGGGCGGAAGUACCAGAGAAGCCUCAGUGAGGCGAGUGAUGCUGAUACGCCCCUGGCCAUGCCAGUCGCAGUGGGAGGGGCGCGGCAGGCUGGAGGGGAGGAUGGGGCGUCGGAGAUAGGUGAUGGGGAGGAGUCGGAUAUUGGUGUGCCGAUCGCCAUGCCCAUGGGUCCCACGCCGAAAAGACGAGUGGAGGGAGCAAGGCAUGCUGCUACUGCUGCUGGUGGGGGCAGUGGUGGUGAGGAGGAGGAGGGGGAGGACGGAGAGGAUGGGGAGGGGAGGGGAGGGUGUGCAAUGGACGAGGAAAGUGAGCUGGACGCUCCCAUUGCAAUGCCGUUAGCAGUGAGAGGGGCAGGAGGGAGCAGGAGGAGCAGCGGCGAAGGCAGCGACGGUGGGAGUGGAGACGUUGGGAUGGGGCGUGGUGGUGGUUGGACGGGCAGUGGUGUUGCCGAUGCCAUCCGGGCCGGUGUAAUAGAUGAUGAUGGGAUGAGCGUGAUGUCUAGUGAGCUUGGCGCACCUAUCGCCAUGCCUGUCGACGACAGCUUCGGCAGGACACCCGAGGCUACGGACGAGGCUCGGCGGCGAGCGCCGAACCAAGGGGCUCCGGCGCAGGUUCGGGCUCUAGCUGCGGAAGGCCUCCGAAGCGGAGGGCCAGGUUCGGCCCAUUCCUCCCCGAGGGGUGCAGGUCCGGGAUCGAGAGCCUCGUCAGCAGCAGGAUCGCCGAGGGAGAGAGGGAGACUGGAGAGCCAACGCUCGUCUUCUUUCAGGGCUCCUGUCCGGACCUCGAGCCUGCACUCCGAAGCAGCAGCGCAGGUUCGGCACAGCCCCGGGAAGGACACAGACACAGCAGCAGCAGACGGCGCACAGAUGGCUCGUGGCGGGUCCUUAUCCAGUCGCCACGCUGGCAGCCAUGCUGGCAGCCAGGCUGGCAGCCGACCAGGGAGCUUAGCUGGCAGUCCCAACAGCAGCGGUCGUCUUGCUGCUGCUGCUGGUGGUAGUGGUAGUGGGAGGGUGGCAGCAGGAGCAAGCAGCCUCGGUCCUGGUAGUGGUGCUUCUACCCCAACAGCCGGUUUCCUUGCUGCUGCUGGUUCACCUUCUGCUGCUGCUGCAUCUGCUUCAGUCACACCUCAUUCUGUCACACCACUUUCAGUCACGCCCAAUGGCGAGGGUGCUGGUUUUGAUGCUCCCGAGCCUGCAACACCAGUUGCCCAACCUGCCGAGAGUGGAAGACUGUGGGAAGACGAUGCAGCAGGGGCUAAGCGGCUCGCUGCUGCUGCUGGUGCGGGGAAGAAGAAAAAGAAGAAGUCCAAGUGGUUCAUGUGCUUCGGACCCCCGUCUGCUGUUGACGACUAG